AUGGCUACACGCAACCAAAAAGACCAAGCCAUCACCGAAGGUCUUCAAUACUAUCUGCUUGGCUACAACAUCAAAGGCUCCUUCUCACCACUUCUACACAACACUGGUUUUCGUUUAUUGGGACUACCUCACACCUAUGGCUUGUUCGAAGUUCCCAAUGUUGAUGAGUCUGUUGAAAGAUUGCUUCAGGAUCCAAAGGUCGGCGGCUUGUCAGUAACAGCUCCUCACAAACUGCAAGUCGGCAAAUAUAUGGAUGCCAUAUCCGAGGAAGCGAGAGUCAUGGGUUCUGUCAACACCAUCGUAGCUUCCACAUCACCUGGCAGCAACAAAAGACAACUCUUCGGUGACAACACUGACUGGCUCGGCAUCACUCGCUGUAUCCAAGGCGGCAGGAUUGAUUUCGACGUACCGGGAACGACAGCAGUAGUCUUGGGCGCUGGUGGUGCUGCCAGAGCUGCUGUAUACGCAUUUGUCAAGCUGGGUAUCCAGAACAUUGUGGUCGUCAAUCGCACAAGAGAACGAGCCCAACAACUAGUAGCAAACUUCCCGGAUCACAACAUCGAAAUUGUCGAAUCUCUUCACAUCCUCGAGGAGCGCUCGCAAAGGGAAUCGCUCAAAAUCUCAGUCAUUGUCGGAUGCAUACCUGCGGAAGUAUUUACCGAGGCGGACGUACCAGAUUGGCUGUUUCCGAAAGUGGAGAGGGGUGUCCUGGUAGAGAUGGCAUAUGGAAAGCAGACUGCCAUCACUGCCAAAGCAUUGGCAGCUCCGAACUGGAAUGUAUUUGAUGGCAUCGAUGUGUUGCAACAACAGGCGUUCGGACAGUUCGAAGCAUGGACAGGCAAGCCUGCGCCUAAGAUGGAGAUGAUGCAGGCCGUGAACAACGCUCUGGGAAGAACGUUCAACCCUGCUUUUGCAGAUGCCAAACUAUAG